AUGUUCCAGCGGAUUAAGGGUGCCAUUGAUUCUCGCAUAGCAGAGGAGCAAGCCCGCCAGAAAGCAGCCCAAGAGUCCAAUUCCCAUUCCCGAUCCAACUCGAACGUCCUGGGAACGCAUGCACAAGCGGAUUCCCGUUCUACAAGGUUAAAACGACAUAAUAGUGCUACCGCGAAGGGCCGCGAUACUACUGAAUUCGAUCCGGAUUUUAUUGUCGGAGAUGAUGACUCAUCAACUAGAAACAGCACUCCUGUUCAAAUGACUGAGACUGGACGAGGCGGAAGUGCUGGAAUCACUACUGACAGGGAAAGUGGCAGGGAGAGGACGAAGGAAAGUAGAAUAGAUUUCGGACGGGGGGCUACUGCCCCACUGGAAGAACCUCCACAGAUGGAUCUCUCAACCGAAGUGAGGGUGAAGUUACGGAGGCUUGACAAGUUAGAAGGGAGAUAUCAAGAAUUAUUAAAGGCGUACCGAAUUGCCCAGGCUCGAGUACUGUCCAUCGAACCUUUUGAGGCAACACUGCGCGAGAAUACUCCUCUAACGUCUAUAAACGACCCUCGAGCUUUGAUAGAGUACCUCAACCAGAUCCAUUUAAAAGGCGACAUUGUCUUAGACGAGCUUAAGCGCGUUACAACUGAGAGGGAUGAGUAUAAGAAAAAGUUCACAGAAGUUGAGAAAUCUUCUCGUGAUUCUCAAGAAGAGCCAGUUACCCUUAUUUCCUCGCAUGUUACAGGCCCUACGCAAGGUGAGAAAGUAAGUGGAAAGGCUCCACCCACGAUCGAACCCACAUCUGCGUCUGCAGAAGCCAGCUCCUUGGAAUAUGCGCAGAAAUCCCCAACACUCUCAAUAGCAUCUAUUCCUGGGAUCUCACUCUUUUCUCCGAGGGCGAUAUCUGUCACCUCCCCUCCUCCCGUUGAAGAAAGUGAAGAGUUUUUUUCCUUUGAUAAUGAGAUACCCCGUUUAGAAUCAGAAUUGGAGAAAAGACAGCAGGAAGUCGAGACUUUGAAAGCAGAGGUGAAAACCCUCAAAGGGGAUUUGUCUGUUGCUCGUGAGUCGACGGAGGGUAUGGCGCAGAGCUUGGAAUCGGCUACCCGAGAGCUAACUGUAUUGAGAGAGGCAAAUGACCGAUUUCAGUUCGAUUUGGAGAAUCAACGGAGUAUGUUUGAAGAUCAGAUAUCUACUCUUAAAGUUCAACUUUCGGUGGCUGAAACGGACGUGGAGAGAUCAAGUGCUGCUAUAGAGGAGUUGAAAACGCAGUUGGGUAACAGAUCUGAAAAAUUGAUCCAGGCUAGUGAGAAGAAAGCCGAACAAAGUGUCGACGCAGCCGUGGGAGAGCAGGAAAAAAAGUCUGAUGAAAGACGACUAAAUAUAUUACAGGGCAUUGUUACAACUUUGAAGUCGCAGCUGAAAGAUGCGGAAAGUACUAUAUUUUCUUUGAAGGCUGAUGUUGCUGCUAAAGACUCUGAGGCGAAGGGAACUCAGAGGAUUGUUGAUUUUGUUGACGAAGGCUUCAAAGACAAUGACGCAUGGCAGACUGCUAAGCAACGUAUAUUAGAUGGCAAAACUGCCGAUUUCGAAGAAUUCCGGAUUAGUUUGAUCGUGAGCAACACUCAGCCUAGUGUCGCUAGUCAGAAUACCAUUGCUGCGGCUGGUGGGGGGAAGAAGAAAAGCAAGAGGAAGAAGAAGAAGGAUGGAAAAGACGGUGCAGAUGAAGCCCCUCAGCCUCCGAUUAUUCCAAAGACGGAAUCCCCUCCUUCACCCAAAACCUCCAACGGCAUCGCUGAACUCGAGAAAAUGAUCGAGGAUCUUACAAUACAACUCGCAGGGAAGGAAGCCGCCAUUAGCAGACUUGAUUCUAAGCUUAAGGGUGAAGAAGAACUACGAGAAGAGAUUGAUUCUUUACGUGAUGGGCUUCGUGAUAUUGGACAGAGUUGUGUCGAGGCCAGAGAGAAAGUUAAAGAACUCUUAACAGAAAAGAAAACCCUUGGCCACACCAUCCAGGAAUUAGAAAAGGAAUUGCAUGAUCUACGAACACAAGUAUCUUCCAGCUCCCGUCAAAAUGAGGAUGCUCACAAAGAUCUGGCGGUCGAAUUUGAGGAGUUGAAGAUAAAAGCUACGGCAUUGCAAACAGACCUUUCCGCUGCUCAGCAACUCGCCGCGUCACGGUUCAAGGAUUUGACAAUCUUAAGAGAAACUCUCGGAAAAAUUCAACCUGAAUUGAGGAAUCUUCGGGCUGAAUCAGCCGAACUUAAAACAUCCAAAGAGGACCUUAGGAACAAAACCAACGAACUAAAGCGUUUGGAGAGGCGCCAUGAAGACCUUCGAUCUGAAAUGAAAAACUUAAGUGGUAAGAUUGGAGAGCAGGAAGCAGAAAUAAAAUCCCUGAACCAAAGGGUCACUCAAGGUAUUGCUAGCCGAGUUAAGGCAGAGCAAGCAUUGGAGGUUGCACAAUCCGAUCUACGCUACUCUGAAGGGAAAAAGCAAGAGGCCAUAGAGACGAAUGAGAAGACAGCAAAAACCCUUGCGAAGACACAGGAAGAGCUAAGGUCAUCGCGAACGAGAUUGCUGGAAGUUGAGGAGCACACGGAACAGCUUAACAGAGACAUCGAAAGCUUACGAGAUGAACUCCAAUUGAAAACUGCACAGCACGCUAGUGCACAAAGCUUGAUGAACAGCAUGCGCGACCAAGCGUCUGAGAUGGCCAUGCAGGUUAAGGAAGCUCGUGAACGUUGCGUCAGUCUUGAGGAGGAAGUCGCUGAUGCUCACCGCCUCUUCUCUGAGCGCACUCGAGAGUGUGAAACAAUGCGACGGCUACUAUCAGACAUUGAGAUGAGGACAGAUGCUAAGGUUCGUGAAUUUAAGGAGCGCUUAGAAGCAGCCAUUGAAGAACGUGAUCAGGCGGAAGACGAAGCUAGCCUCGCUGGACGCAAACGGACGAGAGAGAUCGAAGAGCUUAGGACGAGAACUCGCGAUAUGGAGCGUACGUUGCGGCGAGUGGAACAGGACAAAGAAGAGCUAGAGUAUGCGCAGAAAGAGUGGAAACGGCGGCAGGGUGAACUUGAAGUAGAAACAGAGCGAUCGAAACGGGAUCUUAGCGACGUUCAUGCGACGAUGACGCACCUGCGAGACACCCUCGACGAGGGUGAGAGGCAGAUACGGGAGCUGGAGAAAGAGAAUGCAGAACUGCGCCGCUCCAUCGAGGCAACGAACCGGCGGCUUGAUAAACUUCGCAAAUCAAAUAGGACAUUGACAGAGGAUGGAAAGGUGUCCAAAGCCAGCAAACGGUAUGGGUUCGAGUCGAGCAAUACGGGUUCUAGCCGAUCACCACGGUCAUCACUGGAUUCUGAUAUGCAACAGCCACGUAGUAGUGGACUCGUAUCGCCUCAUUCUCAGGGUAGGAGUGCAACUCUUCAGGGCUCAGAUGUGGGUGGGGUUGACUACGUGUACCUUAAGAAUGUUCUGUUGCAGUUCCUAGAGCAGAGGGACAAGAACUACCAGAAGCAGCUCAUUCCAGUACUGGGGAUGCUGCUGCAAUUUGACUCAAGCGAUGAACAGAAAUGGAUGUCUGCUAUCUCCUCUAGAUAGUGUCCCAACAUUACUACUUUGCCUAGCUUCAAAGAAUUCAAUGGGUUAAUCUAACUCAGUUUCUACAGUUCCACACCACCAUUUUGAAUUCCCCUGUAUCCCGAUCGCUUCUUGGGAGGCAGAAUUGUCGGGGACUACUUGCUCUGUCCCACCGGUCGAACGCCAACCUAAUAUUAGAUCCGAUGUCCUCCAUUCUCCUCGCCAAAGCAAAUGUGACCAGGCUAGACAGUGUUAUAACAUGAGUCAAACAAUUGGGUUGAAUUUUCAUGUUAAUAUUUCUCGGAAAACUCCAGAAUGAGGGAGCGGGGACCUUGGAUAUCUAGGAUAGUUGCCUUUGAAUAUCUAGGAAUCGCCACCCCGGGCGGGUUAUAUCAUGGGCGGUUUGCGGUUUUUAUUUUUUGGUUUUCCAUAGUGUUUGGACUAGAUGUUAUAGUUUGGCACCUAUUUCGGUUCACAGAUGUCAAUAAGGAUAAUUUCGGGCGGCCGGGUAUCGAAUUGAGGAAGGGGUUUACAACACCAUGCUGAAUGUACGGAGGGCUGUCCUAUCAUUGAAUACGACAGGCAUCGCCAUUAACGGUUUUAUGUCGCUAGGAAUUUAAACUAUAAACAUGUUC